CAGAAUUCCCGCAUUUAGCGCCGCUGAUCGAUCCAGAUUCUAAACACGGAACCAGAGGCGUUUCCGGAAUGACUCGAUCCAGCUCGUUGCUUGAUGGCGCGAAAACCAAGAAGCGCAGCAGAAGCCAGAAGAAGACCGCGGUCAAGCCGGGAAACAGCGAACAAGAUGGUGACGAUGCUGACCUCCUAGCUGUAGACAAUGACUCCUUCGAAGAGGAAGAUCAUGAGAAUCAAGGCACUACAUCCACAACAACUACAUCGACUUCUACAAACAUCAUUUUGGGACCUAAUCGCUGCACGCCACUGACCAGACCAAUUCUUGAGGCGAACUUCACGAAAGUAGAGCACGAAGGUGAACACAAAGAUGCGUUUGAGAAGGAGUGGCGCAAGCACUGGACGCACCUCUACAAGGAGACAGAGAAGAACAAUCUGAUGGAUGUUGUUUCGACAUACAAGGAAAUCAAUGGACUCACAUCUUCUUCCAGCGAACAAGAGAACAAUACCAACACUAACUUGGACAGUGAAAUCGAACAGGAUAACGCAACUAAUUCCUCUAGAUCCUCGCUCGGUCGGCGGGUCUCGCCGAUGUACCUCCUGCAUGGCAACUUCCUCGAUCUUGCCGCACUCUCCGCAAACCUGUUCACGUGUGGAAAAGGAAAGACAGCGGCGGUCCGCCGCGAAUAUGUCGAGGGCAUUGGUUACACCGUUGUCAUCGACCCGAGCAAGGUGCUGAAUUGGAUUAGUAGAUGCAGGAGUAGCUUCUCAUACAGUUACAUAGACAAAUCGUCCUGUUUCUGUUUGCAUUUCCUUCUUGAUUUUCUGUUCAUUAUAGACCUACUCAUCGAGGUCGAAUUUUUUGUCAACUUUACCUCUCUGAACUUGAGUUUUAGAUUCUUGAUUCUGAUCAAUAUAGCCUCUUGGAGCGCCUUAACCUCGGAGAGUAGAUCUCGUUUUCUUUUUAGAGCUACGCUUGCAAAGUCGUGAAAGUUCUUCUCCUUCAUCCGAGGAUCUUCACGUUCUUCACUCUACAAACACAACGCUUUAUUUCACCCCAGGUAGAGAUCGUUCGCGACGCCGGAAAAAUGCUGAAAAAAACAGGCAGCACCGUGAAUAGUCUCUUGGAGCGCCUUAACCUCGGAGAGUAUCCCCAGGAAUUGGUGGAGGAGCUUCAAGCGGUGGGUGACGACGAGACAAAUGUGCUGGUCCCUCAAGGCUUCGCGAUGACUCGCGCAGAUCGCGCAGUCCUGAAGACGAUUCGCAGCACCCUGGACGAGUCAAGCAAAGAAACCACUGAAGACGCUGAGGAAGAUGCUUUUGGAGGAGACGACGCAGGACAGCAGAAGACCAAAAAUACAUUGGACUUCUCCAAUUGCAAUACUUACGGCCAGUUUACUACGUAGGAACAAUCAUCCAGAUACAAUGAACUCAAAUUUUGUAUGGCAUGUGAGAAGUCACACUACAACCACCUCUUCUAAAAUACUUCGAUCGAAUGCGCGUUGGAGUUCACGAAAGCACUGUGGGCCAGCGGAUGGGACAACAGGACAGGGCUUAUCCUGGCAGCUCACGCGUUUAAAAGGUUCACGGAUCCGACUCGCGCUGAAUUUUUAUACCGAGAACUGGACUACUCAACUGGUAAACCAAAGGCAAAGCCGGGAUAUAAGAUCUGCAGCAGCAUGGUGGAGCUCUGCAUCGAUGAGCCGGCAGAAUACUACAGACUUUACGGCUUCCCAAACCACAACAUCAUCUAUCAAGAUAAGUAAGUGCCUCUUGCUGCUCCUCUUCAAUGGAAGUAGAAAUGCCUCCCUUUUAUUCUUGUAUCAACAUGUAGCGUGUCUGCUCUCAGAUGAGCAUCUCAUUGAUUCUCAGCACCGUUCACAUGAAAGACCCCUUCACAGUGUUCAUCUUCUCGACUUGUAGAAAUACGAAGACGCUCUUCAAACAGGAUGACGUAGUAAUAGAAGUAGAUAGAUUUCUGGUACUACUCAAUCUCGAUCUGCAAGCUCUAAUGAAUUCUCAAGCAGGAGCUCCAAGAUGAAGAUAUGCCGAAAAGCAAAGCAGUGACAGCCUUGAAGAAGCGAGUGAAGAAGCUACGAGCAGAGGGCGGAGCAGAUGAGGACAUCAAGAAAGAAGAGCAAGCAGAUACCGAAGAAGAAGCUGGCCCAUCGGGCAAGCGAAAAAAACUCUCUUAAUCAGAUUGACUAACUUUUUCCUCGGAGAUGAACUUCGAGGUGGUGGAUAUUACUAGGUAGAUCAACAUCAUGAACAAAUGAAAAUGAUUAUGAUUUAGAUAGAUUAUGUUGCUGGUCCUGCUUCUCGAUACUAGCUGCAGUACAUACCUGUGAUGUCUGCAGCUGAAAGAAGCUGAUCUUAAUUUCCAUCCUCAUUUUUUGAAGUAAGACUUCUAUAGAAAUCCUGAGUGCGAUCCACGGGAACAACGUCUUUCGAUAAGAAUACGAUUACAGUAUCUUCUCGACGGGAACAACGUCUUUCGAUAAGAAUAAGAUUACAGUAUCUUAUUUGUAUUUCCUCCUCCACCCUUGAGCCCUGCCUUUUACCAGUGCAGCGGUCUCAUCCGGCCUUGGUCGUCCAGUCGAAAAUUUCGAAAAAAAUGUUUCAAUCUUCCUCGAAAAUAUUGACGCAAUGCGUACAAGUAUGGACUUCAAUAUUUAUACACUGCAGAGGUUACAACUUCUCGCUUCUCAGAGCUACAACAACUAGUCGCGUAACUCGAUCUUGGUACCAGGAUGAAUUCCUACAUCAAGUCGAUACAAAAGUUCAAUGUGCUUUUGUUUGAUGAUGAUAUGGUAUCGUCGACUAGAAUCUUGAUGAUAUCGACGUUGUUGACAACAUUUCGAUAUAUCAAUUUCAAUCCCUAAGCAUAAGCAGCUAGCGUCAGCUUGUCCUGGAAAAGAUAAUUGUAGUCGAUGUCGAUUGAAAGAAAACUAUUCAAUUUUCACAUUUUUCUAUCCACCUAGUUGUACUUCAAAAAUUCUUUCCGACGUCAAGAACUCUAUUCAUCUAGAAAAAGAAAUAUUCACGACCGCAUUCAACUAGUAGAUUCGAAUCGCGGAACUCUCUUCAAAAAAGUGCCAUACCUACGGCCACCAGUAGGUACUAGACAAAUUCACAAUUAUCGAAUGAUGAACUGCAUUUUUUCUUAUUUUUCAAUUUUCACAAUGCAACGUCUACUUUUUACAACCGAGGAUAUGAUUAGUUGAACUGUAGAAAUACUCCUUCCUUUAUGGCCGUGGGCAAUAAAUUGAUAAAUAUGUUACUUGAUAGUUAGAGAAAUUAUUAUGGCGAUGGUCGAUCAUCGUCUAUUGCAGACGUGUAUUGUUCAAAACACACUUGUGGGAAUUUUCAGAAACAAUGACUAGAUCUUCAACAUCAUUCUACUUCUAGACAAGAACUACAAGAAACGAGUACACCUUCAGGACGAAGAACAACGGCCAAGCAGUGUCUUCUAGAUGAAGACUAUACAACACAUCAUGCAGCAGUACCAAGAUUAAGAUGACCACGGCAAG